UCGAGAAGCGACUGAGGAAGCGUAAGCAGUGGGGCGAAGAACCAAUUUAAUGGGCGACCUGGAGAGCGAGGAAGUCGGAGCGAUCGAGCGAAGCACGGCAGCGGGAGCGCGCGAGUAGCGGCGAACAAGAAAGCGAACAACGAGGGACAUUAGAGCGGGUGACAAGAUGGGUUCAUACAGGACGGCUGCACGCGCGUCAAGGCUUGGCUGCAGAGUAAGGUGUAGGCGCAAAUUUCAAGCGAAGGGUUGAUUUAAGAUAUUGGAAGUUCAUCUUUUCCUUAAACUCGAAACAAGGUGGAGUUAACCUAGAUUUUUAUUUUUUUCCAAAUUGACAAACCCUAGACCUAGCUUCUAUUCCCAAAGAAAUGUUGUAACGUUUUGGUGUGGAGAGGAAGAACAGAUCAGAAGGAGGAGAUAGAUUGGUGUUUCGCAAAGUAGGAAGAAGGAGAACGAUAUGAAGUAGAUGGUGUUUGCUAGAUGCAAUCAUGAGUUUGGAGGCAGAGUCUCCUUUGCAUUCUUCAAGCAGCAGUGAUGAUUUUGUAGGGUUUCUUAAUACUGAGUUGGAAUUGGCUGCUUUAGAUUCUGCUAACAAGGAUGCUGAAGUUAAUAAUGAUCAUACAAAUGUUAUAGAAGAGCCAAGGAAUAAAAGGCCUAAGUUGGAUUCAGAGGAUACUGUAGAGAUUGAAGGGCCCAGAAUAUUCUCCACUGUCGAAGAAAGUACUGGUUCAUCGUUAAAACCUAAAUAUGAGGACAUAUGCCCACCACAUCCAGGGUUUUUUAAAGGAUUGUGCAUGAGAUGUGGAAAAUUGGAGGAGGAUAAUGGAUCAGCUUUGGCAUUUGGCUAUAUUCAUAAGGAUUUAAAGCUAGCUACUAGUGAAAUUGAUAGAUUGCGUGGAGCAGAUCUGAAGAGCCUAUUGCGUGAGAAAAAACUAGUGCUGAUUUUAGAUUUGGACCACACACUUCUCAAUUCGACAGUACUCACUGAUGUCUCUGCUGAGGAACAGUACUUAUUGAGAGAAGCAGAAUCAUUGCGGAAUGCUCCGGAGAGAAGCUUGUUGAAAUUGGAUGGCUUGCACAUUCUAACCAAGUUGAGGCCUUUUGUCCAUAACUUUUUGAAAGAAGCUAAUACGAUGUUUGAUAUGUACAUAUAUACUAUGGCGGAGCGUUCUUAUGCACUGGAAAUUGUGAAGCAUCUUGAUCCUAUGGGGGUGUACUUUAAUUGCAAAGUGAUAUCACAAUCUGAUUCAACGCAAAGGUAUCUGAAAGGACUUGAUGUUGUAUUGAAAGAAGAAAGUCAUGUAGUGAUUCUUGAUGAUACAAAGAUUGUGUGGAAUAAACAUAGCGAAAACUUGAUUUUGAUGGAAAAGUAUCAUUUCUUUGCUUCUAGCUGCCGCAUAUUUGGUUUAGGCAUUAAAUCUUUAUCAGAAUUAAGGCAAGAUGAAAGGGAGUCUGAUGGCGCACUUGCCAAUAUUCUUGGCGUCCUCAAGCGUGUUCACCAGAAGUUUUUUGAUCCGGACCUUGGUACUGAUCUCCUAUCCAGAGAUGUCAGACAGGUUCUCAAAAGGCUCCGGCAGGAAAUCCUGCAUGGCUGUGUUAUAGUUUUCUCCAGAGUAUUCUACACAACUUCACCGCCGGAGGAGGAGGCGAUCUGGAAGAUGGCAGAACAAUUGGGAGCCAUCUGCUUGAAGGAGGUGGAUGCCUCUGUGACUCACAUUGUUUCGCUGGAUCCGGGAACUCAGAAGUCUUGGUGGGCUUUGAAAAAUAACAAGUUCUUGGUUAAUCCUCGUUGGAUUGAAGCAGCAAAUUUCAUGUGGCGCAGGCAGCCAGAGGAGAAUUUCCCUGUUUGUAUUUCAACUGACAAAACAUAGACAGUUUUGCUUUUUGUAGUCUAGAUUAUGAUGGGAUCGCCAGGUUCUAACACUUGAUUCUCUUAGAUGCUCUUUUUUUUUUUUUUUUGAUAGCUUUAGUUGGAGAUUUGAUGGCUUUAUAAUAAAAUUAGUUCUCCUGGAGGGAAACAGCUGGUUUAAUGAUUUAAAUGAUUGUGUAA